ACCUUAAAAUUUUGAGAUAGAUUUCCACCGUGUUGUAACGUGAUUUCAGGAUGGAAACGGAUAAGCAGACAGCUACGAAUCGCACCUCCAACGAUAAAGAUGAUAAGAAAAAAGGACGGCAUCGUAAGAAACACGCCUUCAACGCGAUACGGUCGCAAAUGGAGUUUUACUUUUCCGACGCAAACCUCAGCAAAGAUCGAUACAUGUCCGUUCUGCUCCGAGAAGAUCCAUUUAUACCGUUGCAGGAGUUUCUAAAGUUCAACAAAAUCAAAGCACUUGCCUCGAACGUAGAGGAAAUCGCCACCGCCCUCAAGAACUCCGAUCUUCUAACUCUCUCAGAUGAUAACCAGAAGGUACGGCGGACGAAAGAGUUCGUCGAGCGUGAAAAUUCCGAAGAUUGCACACUGUACGUAGAGAGUCUUCCACCGAAGGCCGAUCUCGACUGGGUGCGUAAUGUGUUCUCGAGCUACGGUAAGGUGGCUUACGUAUCGUUGCCAAGGUUCAAAUUCUCGAAAAAGAUCAAAGAAUUUGGCUUCGUGGAGUUCGAGGAGGAAGCGAGCGUGAGCAAAGCACUCAAAGCAUUCCAAACGUUUGGCGGUGUGCUCUGCUAUGAACCAUCGAAAGCGGAAAAGCUGGUCAGCAUAAAGUGUUACGAAUUGGACAAGAUGGAAAUGCUGCAAGGGGCGGCCGGUAUUUCCGCCGCUGCAGAAGCAGAUACGUCGGAGGAAAAACCGGACGUGAAAACGGAAAGUGAGGAUAUGCAACCUGAAGGUCCAUCUCAGACUACAGAACAGGAGGAUAACGGCAGAGCGUUGGGGAAAAGGCAUCAAUCGGAAUCCGAAGAAUGCGAUCCAGCUUCGGGAGAUGACGGAAUCACACAAACAUCCGCCAAAAGACAAAAGCUGGAUUCGGAAAGCGAUGGAAACGAUGUACAAGUGUCUGAGCAUGCCCAAGAUGAAACUACGGGGGUCACUACGGAUGUAGAAGAAACGACAGCCGCGGAACGCACAGAUGAUAAACAGAUGGACCACGAUACCACCGAAGAGAAAGGGAAAAAGAAAUGUCGCCAACGAAAAGGAUGCAGCACUAUUAAGAAAGAACUUCAGGUAGACGACAAAGUGUACGAGCUGAAAAUAAUGACCAAGAAAGAGUGGCGUAGAUUGCGGAACAAAUAUCUGGAUCUCCAGCGUAAGGAAGCGAGCAAACUGAAGCGACUCUUUGCCCAACCCGAAAAGCACCACCAGCGUGGCCAAGCUAAAGCAUCUUCAUCCGGUGUCGCCUCGGGCGGUGGUAAAACAACCGUUGGAGGAGGAUUAAAAUCUAUUAAAUCGUCCCCGAGAGUUAACUUCUACGGUGCGAUGCCAGUGGAAGAGGAAGAACAGGCUGGUGUAGAAGCAGGAACCGAUGAACCGGAAAUCGGUGAGGCAAGCGUAGCUAUUGCAAAGCAUCCGCUUUUCUCCUUUGAACCGGGACUGAUCGUGAAUGUAAAGUUCCGAGAACCGUGUGUCGAUGUAAAGGAUUUCCGUGCGGAACUACGACAGUACCCUUACGUGAAGUACAUUGACGUGAAGGAGGGUGACUUUGAGGCGUUUGUCCGCGUGGAUAAACCAGCUUCGGCGAACACACUGGUCAAGGAGUACAGUUCCGCCGAGCACAGUGCGCAGAUACUGAGUGGAGAGUUGGAGCAGCAGUACUGGGACAAGAUGAUGCGCGACCGCGAGGAUAAGCUGAACAAACGCGUCAAAACGGAGAAGGUGCGAGGCCGUACGAAGUUGAUUCGUAAGAUAAACACUCACAUCAAAUUCGACGAUGACGACGAUUAGGAGAGUCUAGUAGUCGUAAUGGUACCAAAAUGGAAUAAAAAGAAAACAAGUAAAUACAAUUUCUUUCACGGUUAAUUAAU